UCAUCAACCCCAACGCCCCAAUGCAGUGUCAGUGAUUUCACACAGCCAGCGGAGCGCGAGCGCGACCUGCUUCAGGGACACGUUUGGAGGAAAAACAAACAAACAAACAAACAAACAAAACAACAACAGCAGCAGCAGCAGUGUCUGUGGAGACGGUACCGUGUGCUGAGGCGGUGCUGGAGAUGUGGCGGACACGCUGUCGGGGGAAGCUGCAGUUCUGCCCUGACUGCACCGAGCUGUCGGUUAGCAUUAGCUUAGCGUUAGCUUAGCAUUAGCCGUGUACUGACGAGGCAUUGCUCUGCUGCUAAAUAGGCAAUAACACUCGCACUGUCUGUGUGUUUUUGUGAUUAUAACCGAUAUUACUAGCCAGUGUUCGCAUUUCCAGAUGCGGCUGCAGUGCAGUGGGAUGUGAUGUUAGCUCUCUGUGGCUAAAAGGAUAAAGUGUUUGAUUCCUGUGUUCUUCAGAUGGCAAGUGAGUGUUAAAGGACAGGACAGGACGGAUUUCUCUCAGCUCUGGUGGGGCUUGGAACCUACAAUUAGCUCCAAACAAAACCGAAAAGGAAAACCUGCAACCUAAUAAACUUGCUGGAUAUUUUCGCUUAAAGUGCUCGGAGUGUUCGAGUCCCAUCAUGCUAGCGACCUGGUUUUUGUGUUUACAUCUUUUGCACUUUUGGGACUAAAACCUUCCACUUGUGAGCUGAAGAUGGAUAUUCCUGGCUGAUACAGACUGAGCAGGGCUGGAUGGUCGUUUUUUUUUUUUCUCUUUUUUUCUUUAAACACACCUGCUGUAUUUGAGGAGUGAAUUUACACCCAAACAGCUUUAAAGGUGCUGUAGAGGAUUUUUAAAAAUUCGUUGUUUAUACAAAUAACCUGUAGGACAUGAUGAGAACAAUGAGGUAUGUCAUGCGCCGAGGAAAAAAAAUGUACUAAGGUGCUGAGAUAUACUCGUUUGGAAAACCGAUUUCCGGGCCAGAAUGCUUGCUUGUGUUUGGACACGCCUCCUGUCAUUCGUUUUAUAGACAGUCAAACCUGAAGGCGGAGCUUCGUGAGCGUGGGCGGGAAUCGUUCAAAUGUCAAACACGCCUAACUCGCACCAUCUUGGGAGGGGGGAAAAAAUGAAAGACUAAUCUUAUCGAACGCACCUUUUAAUCAAUGUCAUGACCAGGGUGAAGUGAUUGAUCAGCAGAGCUGCCGUUCGAAACGAAAUGGCAGCUUUCAGGCAGCACUGAAACGUUUUUGAGGUUUCUCUUGUUAAUAAGGCAGCUGCCAUGUCGAGCAAAGCCUCAGGCAAAGAGAAGAAGUCCGGGCUCGGGAAGAAGCUGUUCCGCCGUGGCUCGGUGCGAUCUGUGGGCAAUUUUAUGAGCAGAGUGCUGAAGACCCUGUCCACUCUGUCGCAUUUCGGAUCCGAGCUUCAGCCGCCUGAAGGAGAAAAGGACGACGGAGGAUUCGCGGCGUUCAAAAACGAAGGCAAGGGAUCGGUGGCUUCGGAUGACAGCGACUGCGGCGGUUUCCUCCAGGACAAAGUGCCUGGAGUGGCCGGUCUGAAGAACCACGGCAACACGUGCUUCAUGAACGCGAUCCUGCAGUGUCUGAGCAACACCGAGCUCUUCGCAGAGUAUUUAGCGCUUGAACAGUUUCGCGGACAAGCAGAGGAAGAAGAUAAGCCCAAGGCCAACGGAGUCCAUCCAACCAGGAAAGAGAAAGGAGAAGUGACCGAGCAGCUGGCAGGACUAGUCCGAGCUCUGUGGACGUUUGAAUACACUCCUCAGCAGAGCCGAGAGUUCAAGAACACCGUAGCGAAGCGUGCCAUGCAGUACCGGGGAAACGCUCAGCAUGAUGCUCAGGAGUUCCUUCUCUGGCUACUGGACCGUGUGCACGAAGACCUGAACAACAUUGGCCAUAACAGACCUUCUAUAAAGCCGCCCGUAGAGGAAGAUGAUGGAGCGCUCGAGGGACCUUCACCCCCGCUGUCGGCUGGCUCUUUUGUCCAGGAGCUGUUUCAGGCACAGUACAGGUCUUCACUCACAUGCCCUCACUGCCAGAAGCAGAGCAACACUUUUGAUCCUUUUCUUUGCAUCUCACUUCCCAUCCCGUUACCUCACACUCGGCCCCUGUAUGUGACAGUGGUUUAUCAGGGCAAGUACUCCCACUGCAUGAGGAUUGGUGUGGCUGUGCCCCUCAACAGCACUGUCUCCAGGCUCCGAGAAGCUGUUUCACGUGAGACAAAGAUUCCUCCAGAUCAGUUUGUCCUGACUGAAAUGUAUUAUGAUGGUUUCCAUCGCUCCUUCUGCGACGACGAUGACGACCUUGACAUCAUUCAGGAAAGUGACUCCAUCUUUGCAUUCGAAACCCCUGAGACAUUCAAAUUAGAAAGCCUUCGCUCCAAAAGAGGGAGCCUUCUUGCAAACCUUAAUCAGAACAACCUGAAGUAUGGCAAUGACAGCCCUCGCACCCCAUCGUUCAUGCAGGGGGCGGUGAAUCCGGCGUCACCCAACAAAAACACAGCUGCUGACAAGAUGAUCCUGCUGAUCUGCAACAGAGCCUGCAUCGGCCACCAGGGACGGAGGUUUGGUCUUCCCUUCGUACUGUACAUGGAGCGCACUGUAACCUGGGAUGUUCUUCAGAAGGCAAUUCUGGAGAAGAUGCAUCAUCUGCUAAGACAAGGCGUUUAUAUCCAGGUGGGGCCCUUCAGCCUGCGAGUGGUUGGUGUGGUGGGGAUCACAUACUUGUUACCACAGGAGGAAUUUCCUUUGUGCCAUCCCACUGUGGAGAGGGCAUAUAAAUCCUGUGGUGCAGGGGGCCCUCCUCAUGUCAAGAUCGUCGUGGAGUGGGACAAAGAGACCAAGGAUUAUUUGUUUGGCCACACGGAGGAAGAGUACAUCCCUGACGCCGAGAGUGUGUACCUGCACCGUGAGCAGCACCAUCAGCCCCAGGCUUGUACCCUCGCUCAGUGCUUCCAGCUCUACACCAAAGAGGAGCAGCUGGCACCAGAUGACGCUUGGCGUUGUCCACACUGCAAACAGCUGCAGCAAGGCCGCAUCAAGCUCAGCCUUUGGACCCUGCCUGAUGUUCUCAUCCUGCACCUCAAGAGGUUCAGACAGGAGGGAGACAGGCGGGUGAAAAUGCAGAACAUGGUGCGCUUCCCGCUGAUCGGCAUGGACAUGGCACCUCACAUGGUGAAGAGGAGCCAGAGCAGCUGGAGCCUCCCUUCUCACUGGUCGCCCUGGAGACGACCUUACGGCCUGGGCCGUAACCCGGACGACUACCUGUACGACCUGUACGCAGUAUGCAAUCACCAUGGGAACAUGCAUGGAGGGCACUACACAGCAUACUGUAAGAACUCCAUUGAUGGGCAGUGGUACUGUUUUGAUGACAGCGAAGUCCAGACUAUGGCUGAUGAGGACGUGUGUCAACAGACAGCCUACAUUCUGUUUUACCAGAGAAGAGCAACUAUUCCUUCAUGGUCCGCGAACAGCUCUGUGGCUGGCUCCACCAGUUCCUCUCUGUGUGAGCACUGGGUUAACCGGCUUCCUGGUAGCAAACCUCCUAGCUUGGCCUCAGGAGCCUCCUCACGGCGGACAUCCCUAGCUUCUCUGGCCGAGUCCAUGGAGUUUCCCGGAGAUCGCAGCGAAGACGACGGAGGAUUCUCCACCCGACCCUUUGUGAGAAGCAUUCAACGUCAGAGCUUGUCUUCCAGAUCCUCCAUAGCUAGCCCACUGGCUUUCAGCGAGAACGGGAUGAAGCCCUCUUGGUCGUUGUCUGCCAAGCUCCAGCUGAGGUCCAACUCGCCCUCACGCUUCUCUUUAGACUCGCGCUCCUCGCCACCGCUGGAGAGGAUUGGAGAGGCCUGCGACGACAAGGUGUCCACGUCAUGCUUCGGGAGCUACAGCAGGCAUGAGCGCCAAACCGGCAGCAAAGCCCCGCUUGCCAUGAUGGAAGGAAAUAGCAGCGAUGAUGGAAGCGGUAAAAGGAUCACAGACGAGGUCUACUCCAGGGCUCCCUCGGUAGCUGACAAGAAGGGCUCUAAAGGAGAACCGUUGGACAACAACAACCAGAUCACUGCUGUGGACCAGAAUUUGCACGGCACCCCUUCCAAGGAGACGAGGCACAAGAGCUCAGGAGGCUCUGUGUCAAAGGCAGAGGUGUCUGGUGCCAAAAAGACCUCGACCAAGUCAAAGGGGGAUCAAGAGAAGCCAUCUAAGAAGCGCCAGAGUACUUCUUCUGCACAAAAGUCUCCAUCUUCCCAAGUGUCUUCCAGCUCUCAAGGGAAAGGUGCCAAAGUGAGCAAUUUGAAAGAGAAGAGUGACUCUGUCAAGGCCAAAGGCGCCUAUUCUGGAACCCCGACGAAGAAGAAAGAGUCUUCCCAGUCCCAGGACGCAGCACCGGCAUCUGGAACCACAAAAACAAAGCAGCGUCUGAACCCCACCCCUCAGUCCUCCGCUUCCCCCUCACCCACUGCGAAGAAGAGCUCUUCAUCGGUGGACAGGAGCUCCAGCUUGUCAUCGAGCAGAAAGAAACUGGCCGAGAGGACCUCUAGCCGAGAUUCGACUCAUGCCAGCCCCCUGACGGACCGACCCCGAGUGUCGCUGAAGGGUGCAGAAGGAGGUCGGGCUGAGCGGAGACCAGUGAGGAGCUCAAGCAGCAGCUCCUCUCUUACCAGCCUCCGGUCACCCAGCAUCUCGUCCAGAGAUCUGCGACGGGCCAGCAAGUCCGAAGACAAGGGGCUUUCCUUCUUCAAGAGCGCCCUGAGACAAAAGGAGACGCGCCGCUCAACCGACCUGGGCAAGAGCGCCAUUCUCUCGAAGAAGGCGGGUGAGAGGACAGCUAGAUCCAGCAGCCAAACCAAGCUCGGUACAGAGGACGGUGAAGGCGACGGAAAUUCUUCUCCUGCCUCACUCUCGAGCAAGGCUGCCAGCGAAGACAAGGAGACGCCCAAAACCUCCACCCCUCUGAAACGUUCACUGUUACCUGUAGGCAAGUCCAAGUCUUCCAGUUCUGACGCCAUUCUCCCGUCCCCUGUCAAUGGGACAAGGCCUCUUGAAAAGACCGCCUCGUCCCGAAAGCUUUCCUGCAGCGUCCAAUCCGGGCAACAAAGACGCCUGAACAAUAAUAUUUAAAACAGUAGUUUUGUUAUUUUCUGCAAUGCAGCUAUUUUUUGACGUGCCUAAGAUAUGUAUACACACACUCACAUUAUACGAUACGUGUGUACAUGCGUGAGUGAGAUUGAUAUAUAUAUCGCAUAUAACUUUUAUUUUUCUCAAAGAAAAUGUGUACAUUUAUCAGAAGCGCCUUUCUACCUGCCAUGGAGCCCCAGUUCGAUGGUAAGGUGCGGUGUACGACUUUACUACUGUAUAAACUCUGAAAAGGAUUGUUCUGACUUAGCACUUUGUAUAUAUAUAUUGUUCUGUUUCGAACCAGUCGUACUCAAGAGACCGUGUAAUAAUUUUUUUUUUUUUUUUUUUAAUGUUAAUCUUUAGUUUCCUGUCAAGAAAUCAGUUGUCUUCGUGUUCCUCACCGUACUCGCAACAAGUCGCUACACUUCUACACUUGGUGCUAUUUAAAGGGCAACGUCUCUGUGGCGGAACACGGAAUUGCAGUCGAGGCUUGACGUGCUAACCCGGCUCACAUUUUGAAUGUACGUCGUUUUAUGCAGAAGGUCAGAAGUAGAACACGUCCUAGACAUCCAUUAAAAACACUUACUGUAGUACCCCAUACUAUGGAAUAAUAAAUAAGUGUUCCAGUAGCGUCGCUGCCCUUAGAAGUAAGUGUACGCAGCAUUUCCAACUGUAGGCCAAUAGCCAGUUUGUAGGAAUGAGCGAUCUUUUCAACAGUAAUUAGACAAUCAUCUUUGCGGCUUUUUUUUUUUUUUUUUUGUGCGUUUACACUCGAGAUGCUGUGCGCGCGCGCCGCUGUCGAUCUCAGAGCAGAGGUCAAGGUGUGAAAAAUAUAUUUUUUUUUCGUAAUAAGAACCACACAAUCAUACUCGAGCCAUUUCCCUUUAUUUAUUUAUUUUUUUCUUUUUCCAUGUUUGCCAAUUCAAACGGCAGCAGCAUUCAUUAGUUUUAGCUCAGCUAGCUUUGACCCAGGGCCACCUCCUUUGUUUAUUUUCAUACCUUUAAUUACGACGUGGAUUACCAGUGCAAUAGUUUGCAAAACUUUGUAGAUGGAAAAAAAAAAAAAAUACACACACUAUAUUCGCUCCUGUAUUUAAGAACUAUAACAUUGAACGUAACGUGUUUUCUCUAUAAUGAUUUUAAUGAUAAAUAUUUUAUGUAUGCAGUCGAGAUGACUAUGAGGAGAAGAAGAAGAGUUAAUGCAUUUAAUAAGAGGGAUAUGAUAUUAAAAUGCUGGAAUGCUGUGCCAUGUCAAUUCAUGGGAUUAAUUUUUCCCUUUGGAGUCUUUUUUUUUUUUUUUCUUCCAAGAACGAGUGAUUAAAUAUAACGCCCCACCCCCACCCCACGUCCUAAUUUAACGGAGAUCGCGCUCAUCCGUGUUCUUCCCCCUAAACAAUGAUCGGCGAAGGUUUUUCCUAAGAUCCUAGAGUUAUGAUGAUUUUCAGGAACGAUGGCUUGGUCACGUCUGAGGAAGACCAGCACAUAGCUUUCGUUAAGCCAUGCACGCAUUGGUGUCUCAAACAAACCACUCUGCCUUUUCUUCACAAUGGUGUCAUUUUCAUUCAUCACUUGGAGUCACAACACGUCCUGCCCCCCCGAUACUUUUGACCAAUAUUUAAUAGGACCAAAAUCAGUUGAUAUGACUUUCUAGUAUAGUUACUGUUUCUAAACGCUAAUCUGUUCUGCUUUACAAGUGACGCUUCACACUGCAGCUCGCUUCAGGUGCACUAAUCCACGAGGCUCUUUAUACAGUACGGUGGUGGACCGAUAUGCACAUUGGUGCAGAUUUCAUUCUAGUUUAGUCCUGUUUCUAACUGCAGUUCUUUUCAGGCUGUUUGUAGGAUUUUAUUUCCAUUAGUUUAGUCGCUGGGGGGGGGAUACAUAAAUAAAUAAGUAAAUCAUAUUAUAAAUCUAUAAUAUGGUGGCCUGAGACAAAUACAGCAUACUGAUAUGGUACUAUUGGUGCAUCUCUCUCUCUCUCUCCUCUCUCUCUGUAAUUAAUAGUCAAUAAUCUAAGCUUGCGUGUAGCUUUAUGUCUGCAAGAACACCCUUUUUUUCAAAUCUGUGCACUGAAGAUACCAUUUGAAGAAUUAUGGCAAGCAGUAUUGCAUGAUGAUGACGACACUGAUGCAUGCACAUAACUAUGCAAGUGAAUGUUGCGUGAAAAAAAAAAAAGAAAGAAAGAAAUCCUGGUUACCGAUGUCUCUGUAUCUGUAUUUCUAAAUGUCAGUAAUGGAAAGCAUGAAUUUUUUUUUUUGCAUACGUUUCCUAAAAGGUAAUGACAGAUCAUUAAGCAUUAGGUUUAACCCACAUUCUUUUAAAUAUCAGGAAAUCCUCACGAUAAACUUUGGACUUUUUUUUUUUUUUUCUUUGCAGAGUAUUUUUUUUUUUUCUACACGUGUACAAUUGACCUUAUAUUUUGUAUGUUGAAUGUUGUACCACUAAUACAUAAA